GAGGGAGGAGAAGGAGCAUGAGCACUGUAGCAGGGUAGUAGUGUAAGGUCUGGCACCUCCCGCAGGAGCCGGGCACAGCCUGCUCGCUUCUCAAGCUGCCGCACACGGCAGCCGCCUGAAGUCACCUCCAGGUCUCCCGGAGGAGCAGGCAAACCUGCGCUGCGGCGGAUUCUCGUUUCCCUGCACCUGCGGCAGGCGCGGGGCUGGCGCAGGCGGCAGCGGCCCCGGCUGCCAUCGCCAGGCGUGGGACCGGGAGGGAGCGCGGCAGCAGAGCAUCCCCCCGGGAGGCACGUAUUCCUCAGCAGCUCCCCAGCAUCCUGCCGGCAGAGAUGCACUGCUGCCGCAUCUGACGCACCUCUCCCGUGAGAGCUUCUGGUAGUUCGAAGGCAAUAAAAAAGCGAGAGCCCAUGCGAACAUCAUACAGGGAGCUGGGUAUAUAAAAGGCCAUUUGAAUCUGUUACGGACAGAAAGUCUUUUGGGCGGAGGGACUGUUGGUUUUGCUUCUCAAUUGCAGUGAUAAAGGGAGCCAGCAAGGAGUAUUGUAUCCCUGAGGAUUCUUCAGUGGCCUUGGUAUUGUUCUCUUUCCCCUUGCACACUGCAAAGCACUGACCUUUUCUUGUGGAACUGGAGUCUCUGCCACUCAACCCCCUGCUCCAGCUGGAAGGAAGAGGUCUUUCUCCCCCUCCAUCUGUGCAGGCACUUCUGUUUGAAUGGAAGAUACAUCUUUUUGCUGAAACUCUUUUGUUGUGCCAUUGCAUAAUAGACAGUUGUCUUGCCGCAGGAAAUAAAAGAAAUGAAAGGAAAUAGAGAGACGGAAGGAAAUUGUUCCCCAAAGCAAAAUUGAAGAAGGGAAGAGAACAUUAAAAUCACUUCAAGCUCUACCCAAGAUCUAGAAGACCACAAAUCUCCUAGCUCCAGAGGAAAAUACACUACUGUAAAAACUCCUCAGCAGUCAGUAACGAUGAGCAGCCGUGGUGUUUUGUCUGGAUGCAGCUGGUAAAAGAAAGCUUUGGAGGGACGUGUGGGCUCUGGCCUGUAUGAUGCCUGAAGACAGAAAUGCUGGAGUCCGCAGCCCAGGUGCCUUAGCAGCAGCUCCUUUUAUUCCUAAAACUACUUAUAGGAGAAUUAAGCGAUGUUUUAGUUUCCGUAAAGGGCCAAGUGCUGCCUGGUGCGGUGUUAUGCACAUGCUAGCUGGAGGAAAUGCUUCCUUUGGAGAAGUUCAGCAUAGACUUUAAAACCAAACCAAGCCUGCCUGAGGUGAAUUCCAAUGCCAAACAAAUGGAGGAUGCAGAGUGUAGUGAAUGGUGACUUCAGAAGCACCACACAAUUAUGUGGUGAUUUUCCAUAAGAUUAAGUUUUAACUCCAGGUUACUACGUGGCUGUCAACAUUUCUACACUAGCUAUGAGCUUCGCAAAGCUGAGUGUGGUAUGGUAUUAUCACCAUUUAUCUAGAUGGGGAGCCAAGUCCCUGACGCUUUAUCUGGUAUGUGAGGAUGAGGGCUCAUACAUGUACCCUUACAGCCAUGAAGUAUAUAUGGAACCAGACUUGAUGCAGCUGUGUUCUGAAGCUUGUGUAGGAUCUGAAUCCAACCUGUUAAAUCUGAGACAAGUGUUGUAGUUGUUCUGUCUCUCCUUUAGGCAUUGCUAGCUUUGUGUAUUUUAAGUGUUUCAAUAGAAGUCCCUGAAUUUACAAUGCACUUUAUUGCAGUCAGUAGUAGAAAUAGUGCAGUGUUUACACUUACGGGACCAGAUCUGCAUGAAGAGGCUGAACUUUAUGGACAUCAACUAUUCUACAUCAGUAUUUUUGGCCAGAAGCUGGAAGAUACUGUCCGAUACGAAAAGCGCUAUGGGAACCGCCUGGCUCCGAUGUUGGUGGAACAGUGUGUGGAUUUUAUUCGACAACGGGGGCUGAAGGAAGAAGGCCUUUUUCGACUGCCUGGGCAGGCUAAUCUUGUCAAGGAGUUACAAGAUGCAUUUGACUGUGGAGAGAAGCCUUCUUUUGACAGCAACACAGAUGUGCACACGGUGGCAUCACUGCUUAAGCUGUACUUAAGGGAACUCCCAGAACCUGUCAUACCAUAUGCAAAAUACGAAGAUUUUCUUUCCUGUGCCAAAAUGCUCAGCAAGGAUGAGGAAAUGGGCCUGAUAGAACUGGUGAAACAAGUGAAGAGCCUGCCAGCUGUCAAUUAUAAUCUGCUGAAAUAUAUCUGUAGAUUCCUUGAUGAAGUCCAGUCUUACUCAGGCAUAAACAAAAUGAGUGUGCAAAAUCUGGCUACUGUUUUUGGUCCCAACAUUCUUCGCCCCAAAGUGGAAGAUCCUCUGACUAUCAUGGAAGGUACAGUAGUAGUCCAGCAGCUAAUGUCAGUGAUGAUCAGCAAACAUGAAGAGCUGUUUCCCAAGGAUGCAGACCCUCAAAUGGGACCCGAGGUAUGCAACAACAACAAUGAAUUGCCAAAGAAGACAAUUGCAGGGCAGCUGCAGAACAAAGAAAACAACAACACCAAGGAGACAGCAGUGAGGCGCUGCUCUUGGGACAAACCUGAGUCACCCCAAAAGGGAAGCAUGGACAAUGAGUCCCCAACUGCUAUGCCAGGCAGCAAGACAAGCAGUCCCAGGAACAGCAUCCAGAAACCAGAUGUCACCAGAAGCCCACCACUCAUGGUGAAAAAAAAUCCUGCUUUCAAUAAAGGCAGUGGCAUUGUCACCAAUGGGUCCUUCAGCAGCUCUGUGGAAGGCCCUGAGAAGAGCCAGACCUUACCAAACUGUACCCUGCAAGCCAGGAGAACAUCAUCCCUGAAAGGACCAGUGACUAAGAUGGGCACACACAGCGUGCAGAAUGGGGGUGUGAGGAUGGGUGUUUCCAGCACAGAUGGGCACAACACCACCCUCAACAGUCGGACCCCGGGCUGGGUGCCCAAUGGCUAUGUCACACUGAGGGAUAACAAGCAGAAGGAGUCUGUGAGUGAGUCAGGCCAGCACAACCGGCUUUCCACCUAUGACAAUGUCCACCAGCAGUUCUCUAUGGUGAACUCUGAGGACAAACAGAGUGUGGACAGUGCCACCUGGUCAACGUCCUCUUGUGAAAUAUCCCUCCCUGAGCACUCCAACUCCUGUCGUUCAUCCACCACCACCUGCCCUGAACAGGACUUUUAUGCGGGUAACUUCGAAGACUCUGUGCUGGAUGGACCACCACAUGAAGACCUCUCAAACUCGGGUGACUAUGAGAACAAAAGUGACAGGAGGAGUGUGGGGGGCCACAGCAGCCGAGCUACCAGCAGCAGCGAUAACAGUGAAACAUUUGUGGCCAACAGUACUAACAAUCACAGUGCUUUGCACAGCCUGGUGUCCAGCUUGAAGCAAGAGAUGGCCAAGCAAAAACUAGAGUAUGAAACAAGGAUAAAAAGCUUGGAGCAGAGAAAUCUCACCCUAGAGACGGAAAUGAUAGCCCUGCAUGAAGAACUGGAUCAAGAGCGGAAGAAGUUCACAAUGGUAGAAAUCAAAAUGCGCAAUGCAGAACGAGCCAAGGAAGAUGCAGAGAAGAGAAAUGAUAUGUUGCAGAAGGAAAUGGAGCAGUUUUUCUCCACUUUUGGAGAACUGACAGUGGAGUCUCGCAGACCAGAAAGAGGCAACACCAUCUGGAUCCAGUGAGAACUGGAAGUGUUGACUGUGGGACUUUGGGGAAGGGCUUGGGGGUAUUAUACUGUAUCAGGUGGCUGGUCACCUGUCUGAGGCUAGUACUCAACAUAAUGUUAUAAACCCUUGAAGGAAGAGGUCAUACAGACAUUAACCACUCGUAUCUACAGUGUGUACUUAUCAAGUUAUACUCUCUGAAUGCUUCAUGAGACUACUGUCAAGUGUUAAACUGGAUAUGUGUAUGUAAAUUCUAAAAAAAUCACCUUAGAGAGCAAGAAAUAUUUUAAUGCAAGUCUUGUAUUUAAACUGGUAAAUUGAAAUGUUGUUGCAAUCAAGCUUUAUAUCAAGGCUUUUCUCCCUUGCACUUAACAUAUAAGCUAUUUUUGGCAUUGUGUUACCAUCCGCUUAUUUUGUAUAUCAAAUGUUUUUUGGUUUUGUUUUGUUUUUUUUUGUUACCCCUCUUGCUGGGGAGUGGAGAUAAACAGAUAUGUUACAGUA